AUGGAUCAGAUGAAGCUGAAGACCACCACCAACAAACACCUCCAAAGCUCCCCAAGCUCCACCACCUCACCUCUCAACCACACCACCACUCUCCCCAAUAUUCCAUUUCUACCCUUCCAUUGGACAGGGAGCUAUUUCAGCUCGGCCCAGUGGCAGGAGCUUGAGCUGCAAGCUUUGAUUUUCCGGCACAUGAUAGCCGGAGCCGAUGUUCCGCCGGAGCUACUUCAUCUUGUCAAGAAAAGCCUCGCAACUUCGCCGUAUUACGUUUGUAACCCCAUUUAUCAGUACUACCCUCAUUACCAGCCACCUCUGGUGCAGUCGGGAUACUGGAGUAAGGCGGCGAUGGACCCGGAGCCGGGUCGGUGCCGGCGUACGGACGGCAAGAAGUGGCGGUGCUCGAGGGAUGUCGUCCCCGGCCACAGAUAUUGUGACCGUCAUGUUCACCGCGGCAAAUACCGUUCAAGAAAGCCUGUGGAAACCCCAGCUGCUCCGGCCGCCGGCGGCGGCGGCGAUGCCCUGAAGAUGAACCAGCCCGCCACCCAGUUCGGUCUUUCGGGGACGUCGUCUAAUCUUCUCCACCUUGAUCCGAGGCCUUUGGACUCCAUAGUUGAGACCGAGUGCCCUUACGAAGUCCAAAACGAUGGCGGACGAACGCUUAGGCCCUUUUUCGACGAUUGGCCAAGAUCACUUCACGAGACGGACAGCACUGCCAGCUCAGCGGCCUCAGCCACCAAUCUGUCGAUCUCGAUGCCCGGGAAUGCGCCAUCUGACUUCUCCUUGAAGCUUGGAACUGGGGAUGGGGAUGAGCAUGGGGCCCGCAUCGUGGGAGGUCAAGGCGAAGGGGGCCGGACCCAAAUGAAUUGGGGUAUGGCGUGGGAAGGUAACCGUGUGGGCCCCAUGGGAGGCCCGCUGGCCGAGGUGCUGAGGUCGCCCACGACGGGCUCGUUGCCGACGAGCGUGCUGCUACAUCGGCUGUCGAGGGGUUCGGAGGCUGGUUAUGUUGUUAGCUCUUGA